UACUCGAACAUCGUGCCGUCGAACAUGGGUCAUCCUGACGAAGACAUCUAUCCUGUUGCGACAGGUCCCGCCGCCAAAACGGUUGCGGCGCACCAGGACCCACAGGACCUCGUGUUCUGGGCUGGAUGGUUUUGCCCAUUUGUACAGCGCGUGUGGAUUAGCUUGGAGGAAAAGAAUAUACCUUACCAAUACAAGGAGGUCAAUCCAUACAAAAAGGAGAAGUACUUUCUCGACAUAAACCCCAAGGGCUUGGUCCCUGCCAUCGAGUACAAAGGCAGGCCGCUCGCCGAGUCGCUGAUUAUUUGCGAGUUUCUUGAGGACGCGUACCCCGAUCACGCACCUCACCUCCUCCCAGUCGACCCAUUCGAGCGUGCCUACGUGCGCCUCUGGAUCGAUCAUGUCUCCAAGAAUGUCAUUCCUGGCUUUCACCGUCUGGUGCAGGCGCAGGAACCGGACAAGCAGAAGGCCUACCUUGAGGAGUUCAACAAGGCGCUCAGGACGAUCGCCGAGAAGGCGAAGGGUCCCUACUUCCUUGGGGAACAGUUCAGCAUGAUUGACGUUGUGGUGGCGCCGUGGGUCGUUCGUGACUAUAUCGUAAGGGAGCACCGUGGGUACACAAGAGAAGCAGUCGGCGGUGGGUGGAAGGAAUGGGCGGAGAACCUCGAGAAGAGGGAUAGUGUAGUGAAGACGUCUAGCGAUUUAGAACAUUACGCACCAAUCUAUACUCGGUACUUACGCGACGAGGCGCAGAGCGAAGCCGCGAAGGCUAUCAGAGCUGGAAGAGCUAUUCCGUGAUGCAGGACUGUCGUCAUGUCGUCAACCUGUACAAAUACACAAGCCCUACGUUUAUCACUGCAAACAUGCAUUUCGGAUGAUAGAAUAUACCGAAGGGAUUCUAGAUUGAAGAUGUUGACCGAUUUCUUGUUAUAUCAAGCUUUGUUUUCAAGUGAUUUCAUGAUGUUUUUUGCAUUGUCAAUCUCCGGGCGUGUCACGUGACCUACGCCACGCGUGUGGCCACAAUGUUUGCCACAAUUAUCGUUUCUGAAUCGCGGUAUGUUGGAUUGACAACAUGAACUCAUAUCCUCCAG